AUGGCAUCGUCGCCGAACACGAAGUCCACGAGCACGACGGCGACGGUGCGCGGCGAGCACCGGUUCGACAUAGAAGGGUACAGCCACAAGCAGGGCGCCGGCGCCGGGAACGCCCUCACCUCCGGCACCUUCGCCGUCGGCGGCUUCGACUGGGCGAUCUGUUACUACCCCAACGGGAGGAGCAACGAGGCGUUCGUCUCCGUCUUCGUCCGGCUCGUGACGCCGAACGCCACCGCGCGGGCGCUGUUCGACCUCCGGCUGUUGCACCGCGCCACCGGGCUGCCGCGCUCGGUCUGCCGUAGCAGGGAGCCGGUGGCGUUCAGCGCCGGCAAGGCCAAGAAGCGCGAGCGGGGCGCCCGCGCGUUCAUGAUGAGGGCGGAGCUCGCGGCGUCGCCGUACCUCGGCGACGACGACCGCCUCACCGUCGAGUGCGUCCUCGACGUCGUGCAGGAGACCUGGCUCUCCCAGACCACGGCGGCUCCGGAGAUCGCCGAGCCGCCGCCAUCCGACCUGCGGGAGCACUUCAUCGGGCUCUUACAGACGCAGGUGGGGGCGGAUGUCACCUUCGCCGUUCAGGGAGAAGCGUUCCGCGCGCACCGGGUCGUGCUAGAGGCGCGGUCGCCGGUGUUCAAGGUCGAGCUCACCGAGUCGCUGGCGGCGACGAAGGAGGGGGAGGAGGACACUGGUGAGACGAUGGCCAUCGACGGCAUGACGCCUCUGGUGUUCAAGACCCUGCUCCACUUCAUCUACACCGACGCGUUGCCCGACAUGGGCGAUCUUGGUAGGGAGGAGUACCAAGAACUUGUGCGAAAUCUUCAUGCGGCGGCGGAUCGAUACGCAAUGUGUAGGCUGAACCAGAUAUGCAUGGUGAUCCUGCAGAAAGAACUUGAUGCGAAGACCGUGGCAGCUGAGCUGGAUUCAACUGGACAGCGCCACCAUUGCCAAGCUCUGGGAGACGGUUGUGUUCAGUUCAUGCCUUCGUCUGGAAUGGAAGGAUGA